GUGAAGGGACUGCAAUUCUGGCCAAUGACACUGACGCCACAUGAUUAUAUGUGGCUGCAACGCGCGAAAUGGUAAAUCUGAGUCGACAGGGAGCUGAGAGCUGAACCACUUUCUCCUCCUCUGUCAUGCCAGCAGCGUCUACUCGAGCCUGAGAGGAAGAUCUCGUGGAUCCGGACAGGGUACGAGCAGGAGAGAAGCCCCUCCCCGCAUAUCAUCGCACCAGGCGAUGGUCCUUUUAACUUCAUUGUUGGAGAAGAAGCGACGCCCCGCUUUUCCACGGCAAAAGGAUCAAACACCCCCUCUGAUCAGCACGACCCCCAGUUUUGUUCUCAUGGAAAUCAGACCCUCCCUCUCCGCCACACUUUCUGCAGAGAUGCAAAGUUGAGGCGCAUUCCCAGCCGGGACAACAGAUGAUAAUGAUGUCUUGGAGGAGCUGAUCGUUUCAUUUCAGCAUUUUUCCUCCCUGUGUUUCUCUCUCUGUUCUCGGACCGCACACUUUUCUCUCCCCAACAUGCUGCAUUUGGCGCAGCGCAUUGUUUUUUGCGCGCUGCUCGGCUCCGUUUACGCGCCGUGCCCUCCGCGCUGCGAGUGCUCAGAGGCGGCUCACACCGUGAAGUGCGUCUCCAGAGACCUGCGGAGUAUCCCGACUGGGAUCCCCGGAUACACCAGGAAUCUGUUCAUAACUGGGAAUCAGAUCGGGCGGAUCGGUCCGGAGUCUUUUAAAGGGCUGGGGAAUGUGACCAACCUGUCUCUGAGCAAUAACAGAAUCUCCGGGCUGGAAUCCCACACCUUUGCCGAACUCCGCAGCCUCCGCUCCCUGGAUCUGAGCAACAACCAGCUGGCACUCAUCCACCCCGAGGCCUUCACCGUGCAGAACCAGUCUCUGCGGGAACUCAACCUGAGCCGAGCCCUCUACAACCACUCGUCAGUGAUGGACUUGGCCACCUCGCUCCGCUGGAGCUCCCUGGGGACCCUGAAGGGGCUGGACCUUUCUCACAACGGCCUCAUCUAUUUACCCUCACGCAUCUUUUCCCACCUGACCAGCCUGCGGCGCCUCCUGCUUUCCAACAACUCCCUGGUGGCCAUUCACAACAACACCUUCUCAGGUUUGGAGCACCUGGAGGAGCUCGAUCUGACCCUGAACGCCCUGAAGACGAUCCCCGAGGAGGGCCUACGAGAGCUGGACUCCCUGCCUGGUGCUCUUCUUCAGCUGGGGGAAAACCCGUUUACAUGCACGUGUGGAAUCGAACCAUUUGCUCUGUGGCUCAACAGAUCACAGGGACGCAUAAGUGACGCUGAGGGCCUCGUGUGCGCGUUCCCGGCCAGCAUGAGAAACACAUCCAUGCUGGCUGUGGGCACGUUGACUCUGGGAUGCCAUCAGAGCGGUGCAGGGGCUGACCUUGCUUUGCAGACCUCUUACGUCUUCUUGGGUAUAGUCCUGGGCUUCGUGGGGCUCAUCUUCCUGUUUGUACUUUAUCUCAACCGCAAGGGCAUCAAGAAGCGCAUCUAUGACUUGCGGGACGCCUGCAGGGAGGUGUGGGAGGGCUACCACUACCGCUUCGAGAUUGACUCUGACCCCAGGUUAUCACAGGUCUCCACAAGUGCUGACGUGUGAGAGGACAAUCACCUCUGGUGUUUUUUCUUAUGACUCUUUUCCAAUGCAUUUAUCAGUAGUGACAUGUAAAAAGUGUACAGAUUUUUCUGUAAAUAUAUACAUACAAUAGUGUUAAUUAUCUUUCAGCCUUGUUGUUUAAAGCAUGCACUGCCCAUUUUUCCUCUUUACACAACAAAUGCGCUCUUUUAGACAGAAUAUCCUGGAUUUGUUCGCUCUUUUGAGCUAAACGGACGUGAAUGUUGUACAGGGAGUUUAAUAAGUGACGUCUUAAAAUCACGCCUGCUCCUUAUGUCCAUAUGAAAGCAACAGCAAGUGCCUAAAGUCAGCUAGGUAUUGUUUUUUAAUCAGCAGAGCGAUCUGAACUCAGUCUCCACAUUUUCAGUCAUUACUGUGUCAGAUCUCAUAUUCAGCUUGUAGAAAAGCAACAAAAUGCUGCAAUAAAACCCCGACACUACAAAAACAAACCUCUGGGAAUUCAAAGCACAAUCACUCAUUCUUCUUUGAACCAUUUCAAGCCCUUUGGUCUCUGCGUCCUCCGGCCCCAGGGUGCCAGAGAGGAAUUAAGCCUCCAAAGCUUUUCCCCUAAAGUCACCACUCUGCUCCUCUUUGGCUGUCGGAUUUGAAGGGGAGACAAUUCGGUGCAGACCAGCGGAAAUCUCCUAGCCCCCUCAUUUUUUCUCUCAUGAACCGUUGCUUUGUUUCAACUGCUUGAGUUUUAUUGUCAAAAUGAUGAGAACCAGUCCUGGGCUGAGGCUGCUGAAAGCAAUCUCCCCUCCCUCCUUAAAGACAACAGCUGCUGUGGAGGCUCUCUGAGAGAAAACUCUGGCUCUCCACGUUUUUCUGUUUAGGGGAUUUUUUUCUUCUUCUCAGUGAUAAGAUACAGAUGAUUCUGUAACACCAGCUACAUUGUUUCAUUCAGCAGUUUGAUCAGUUAAGAAAGAAAAUGCUCUUCACCUUUUGGUUUUUCUGUACCGUCUAUGUUCCUGCAGUUCAGGUUAUGCUGUGAAAAAGUGUUGUUUCCUAAGAGAAAUACCACUGAAAUCCAGAGGUGUAUAUCAAUACGUCUGUUUCUCAAACCUUACAUUUUACAUGCAUGUUUAAACUGAAUCAAUUAUAACCUGCAUGAGUCCCAAACAAAACACAAAAGCCUUCUUUUCUCAAGUGUCACAUGUGUCGUCCCUGUUUUCCAAAAUGGCUCCAUGACAAAAGCAAUCCUCUGUGGCCUUAUGAUGCUACAAAGUGAGACAAACACAGACAGCGAGAGAGGACGGCAUGCUGCCAUUCCUCAAAGUGUUUACUGCCUAAAUUGCUAGCUAUCUAGGUAUUUGGAACGGGGAGGGAGGAGGCCUGGAGUUAACUGAAACAGCCUCCCAUUGUUCGAAGCCAAAGCAGCAUCUUCAUCCUAUCAAGAUGUUCUCCAAACUCCUCUGAUAGCAAUCCAGAAAUGUUUAUAACAUGGAGACAUUUUACUGCAUGUGUAAAGACAAAAUAAAGCUUCAGAAAGUUGUGAUGUCUGUAUAGUCAUUUAGCUCAUGUGUAAUCAGAGGUGAAUUUAUUCAUAAUAUUUGGACCGAGCUGUAGGUAUCAUAUCUCUGAGCCACAGGACCACAUUAAGCCGGGCAUUUACUUGCAGAGGAGAAAACAAUUGAGGCUCGUACGCUCGCACAAAGGGCGGCUCGGAUGGCAAGACGCCUCAAAUGAGCUUUGUUUUCCUGCGCAGAAAGAUGCCUUGUGAUACCCAUUGUCUUUCUAUUUUCACAGACGACCAUUAUGCCGCCGCAUAAUAGGAUUCACUCAUGAUGACAAAGUUGAGCGCUCUGAUCCAGCGAUUGUUAAAGUGUCAUCAUUCUUAAUAAUUGCCUGUGGGAGAGAAUCCCAGGAGAAGUCCUCCUUUCCUAUUACACAACGUGUCACAACCGGGGCAUUAGGCCGGCCACGGGUUAUUGGUGUCAGUUGGCGGAGCAGAGAGAAGACAGAUUAUUCCCUGCAUGUCAUUACUUCCGUUUUCGCUCAUUAAAAGUGUGGAUUAGGACCCAUGCCUUUUUUGUCUUUUUACGAGUGUGGCUGUUUGAAAAAUAUACGGUCUGCCUGCUAUAGACUGUGCAAGAUUGUCUCAGCAGGAAUGCAAUGAAAACAGAGGAACCCUGCAAAUGCAUCCAGACGUUCUCCAUUACUCCCAGUUGAAAAGAGAGGCUUGUUAAAAACAGGAAAAAUUGCUCCAAUUACAGUGUUCCCUCAGACUGUACGUUGCACAUAUCUGAUUAAGAGAUCACAUCUUUAUUUCAACUUUGCUUGCAAUGUCUUGUAUUCCCACAAGCUAUUUGUCACACCGCUGAGGUUUCCUUCAUGGGAGCAGCUCCACAAACGUUAACAGCUUUAUGUUGCUGUAUGUGCAGCGUGUGGUUUGUGCUAUUGCAAAAAGGCAAAAUACACACUUGAAGUGUUUCUCUUCAGUGUUGAGAACGAUCCUUUGGAGCACAGCAGGCUUUUUAUUUCAUACGCCUCCUGUCUCCGGGAACAUCUUGGCGCCAUUACAUGGGUUUAAUGGCCAUGAUAGGGAAUAUGCCUUAAAAGUGAACACCACAUCUGUGAGGAAUUGAACAUGUUAAAAAGAGACCACAACAGUCAGCAGCAUGACGACAGAGACAAAGUGGCAUCUACCCCCCUCCACUGGUAUGGUAUGACAAAUACAGCUGUCUCUUUCUCAACUAAGGACACAUGUCAUCAUUUACAUUUGCAGUCACUGAACACUACACAGUCAUCUGAUACAUUCUGCUUUACAUUCGGUUUCCGCACUUUUAAAACCAAACCAUGCAGAGUGCAGCACAGCAAAGUCUAGUCUCUGAUAUCUUCCCUUUCCUUCUUUUAACAAUGAACUUAUUUGUGAUGUGAGAUCAAAGGAUUCAUUCGCCCAGCUUCCUGUAUGUUGCCUAUCCAUCACGUCCGACCGGUCUGGGCGGCGAAGGUGGUGACUAAACCACAGAAGUGGGUCCAGCGGGGUAUUACCCAUUGUUCUGCUGCUCACUUGAUCAAUGUGACUAAUUGUGUUUGCCAGAGGAUGCAAGCGAGGAGGAGUUCGUACAGCUGGCCUGACUACCCAUUAAAGCCAACUGGCCUCCCAUUUAUCACUUUCAUAAAGACUAGAGGUACAACACACACAGCACACAAUACACGCACACACACACACCUGAAUUAUGGUAUUCUUUAAAACUGUAUUCAGAUAGUCUCUCCUCUUUCUGACAUCACUAUCUAUCUGACAUUUCAAUUAAGUUUUGUAAGAUAUCAGCUCUUUGGUGCACUUAUGUACUGUAUUCAGAAAGUCUAGAAGAGCUGCAUGAUUAAAUCAUUUUAUCCCAAUUCAAGUUAGUGAAGCACGAAACUGGAAGUAAAUGGUUAGCCUCUAGGCCAGCAAAAGCCCCGUUUCCACCAAACACUUUCGGUAUGGUACCUUUGGAACCAAAAGUAAUCCUUCAGACAUGGUACCUAGACCCUAGCAUAAUGUGGGCGGGGUUGUUGUCACUGCUCCGUCCAGCACUCGCUGUAUUUCCUCAUCAGCGGCGACACAGAUGGAAGUCUGCACCUGGUUUAUCGUCCACAGAACGAGGCUGCACGCCCACAUUUUCAGAACAAAAUAGAAGAGGCUGCAGUGAGAGUCUCUCUCCAUGGGAUAUUUAAAAAUAGCAGCUUUGUGCAUUUAGUCCUUCUCAGGCAAGCUCAGGAGUUUAGUGUUGCUGGAGCCCACAGGAGGUGAGGAUUAGAAUAUACGACCUUCACAUAGUCCACUCCAAAUUAAUCUAUAUUUUUAAAGUCAUUACUAAAAGUGUGUGUCAUAUAAAAACUAAAGAGAUGGUCAAAGUUGUCACAGUGAAAUUUAAGGUGUGCUGAUGGAUUCACAUCAUCAACUCAUGCACUGAGCAACAUUACAAGUUAACGUUCCACCUUAAAAGUCACCAGCAGUCGGCCCAGUGAAUUAUUUUUUCUCAGACUCCAGCUGCUGUGAGAGGCAGCAAAACAUCCUUUCAUUUUAUAGUUACAGUUUACGAAUAAAACUCUCCACAGUAUGAACAGUGGUUACAUGAGCCUCAAAACCAGACACAACUCAGCCCUGAGCAGAGUGACCGUCCUCUACUGACCAAUCAGACUGCAGUGUUCACAGCUCCACCUUUUAGUACCAGAUCUGUGUGCUAGGUACCCCAACAGAGGGGGGACCAAACAUGGGGACGGUACAGAACGGUUCUAUUGGUACCAUCCACAACUUUUCACUGUGGAAACAGGGAAAAAAACGUACCGAGCUGUAUCGUACAGCUCGGUGGAAACGAGGCUAGAGUAUUAGCUAGUGCUUCAUACCAAAUAUAACAAUCUCACACCCUUUUGACUUCAGCUGUUUGCUUGCUUUCCUAACUUCCAUUUCUCUGCUCGUGCACUGAGCUGAACUGGCAAUCAGAGGGAUUUCAUUCAUUGAUGGCCUCCACUGUCUCUGACACCGACAUAAAAGCUGAAAUGUCACAAGCGCAAGUGUUGAUUUUAUGAUUUAUGUACUGUGAAUUGCUAUGCAUGCUUUUAUACUCUUUUAUUUAUUAGCGUUUUAUUGUUUUGAUUUUAUAGCAUGCUAUUAGAGUUAAAAUGUGACUUCCUGCCGUAUACGUGACAGAUGAUUACAGAUUACCUGCACCUUUGCAGCUCUGUCUUUUGUUUAUUGAAAGUCAUAUCAGCCUAUGAGAGCGCUAGACUAAGCCUCUGCAUCCAAUCAGCAGUGGAAGGGAGGGCCUAAAGUGCUGAUAUACGGAAAAGAAGAGAUUUGGCGAGUUUAAAGCCAGCUGAGAGGCAGCUGGCCUCCCACAAACUCAACAAAGUGACCUGCUUGUCUGCACUAGCGGCAAAUGGGCCUGCCUUGUUCAUCCCAAUCACUGGUGUGAGACGCUGGUCGCUGUCGCUGUCGCUGUCGCUCCCUCCUGCGUCAUACUGGUGGCUGUGGCAUGGCGCUGGUGGGUUGUACAGCCAGGAUCUUGUCUGGGCCAGGUUUCACCCUGUUGCGAUAUAGAGACUGAGACUUAUGAUGUUGCAGGGACUGCUAACAAUAAGGGGCGACUAGAGCCGACGGUGCGGGACACACUGCAAAAACUAGGAGACAGACACUUGCAGACGGCCAAACAUUGAUCGACAGCGUGUGUCAGGGCAAAGACAAAGACAGUGAGAAUCAGUGUCAAACGCUGUGGCGCUGUGAUGUGCUGUGAUGCAAUAACCUACUCCUGUACGAUCCAGGAGUUGCUUAGCUUUGAAAAAACAUAGUCAGUGACUGAAUCUUUGAACUGAACUUAACAAAACCAUUUGAAUCCGCAGUGCUUUGUGAUUUCAGGCUGUGUAGCACACUACGGAAGUUGACAGCCUAUCUCCUCGUAACACUUUAUGUCACUCAGCCACCGCCAUGGGAAAUGCCCAUGUUGGGAAUAGAAUGAUUUUAUGUGUUUUACUAUCAGUUGUGUUUCACUAUAUAAGUUUUAGAUGUGUGAACAAUGAGAAUACUGAGAUGAUUUCAGCUGAUCUGAAUGUGUUUGCUUUGCAGAAGUGGAGAAGUACAGGAGAGGAAGAGACAUGAAGUCUGAGGAGCACAUAUCGCAAUGCUUAGAUAAUUAGUUUCAUAUAUGGUAAAAAGAAUAGAAAGUGAUGUACAGAUAGUAAGGUACAGCACGUGUAGGGAGUUGUGUUGUUCUCUUGUCUUUCAAAACAGGAACCACGCCCCCACUGUCAGCGGGAAGGAGUCAGAUUAACACGAGGCAGGGGCGUGGUGUGGUGAAGGAGGAAGUGGAACUGCCAAUGAGAAGAGGACAACGCCUUGCGUGCACAAUGACACUCUGUUACGCUCAAAUAUACUGGGUCAGGGAAAGGACAGGAGGUCAGACUUCGUGAACUGACACACCUUUGUUGUUCGUCAGGGACUUGAAGUUGAGACCCAGAGCUCUGUAAUUUUAUUCCUUUACUGCUUAAUAAACUACAUUAACUGAGA